GCCCACCUUCACCUCCUCCUCCUUCGGUCCCCUCCUCCCUCGGCCAGAUGGUGCGGGCUUUUCUUUUGUUUACCCGCCGCUCCUGAGCACACCUCGCCGACCCUCGCGACCGGACUAUGGAGCCUGUCUGCGCAUCCUUUUCGGACACGGACAGGUGUCCGGGCUCAUAAGAUGUCAGGGAUUCGCACGGUGAUGAUGGAAGCUCUGGCAGAACCUCCUCAGAACUGAUGCCAUGGCUGCACUCAGGUGUGACAUUCAGAUCCACCGCUCCAAGUUUCCAACGCGCGUCUCACGACAGAACACGAUGACCGCCGCGGCCUCGCCGGCGCGCUCUGCACGCGCUGUGUGAACAUCAACACCGCCCGCUCUCUGGAACUCACGACAACGACGGCGGACUUCUUCGAGAAACUAUGUUCUGGCAAACGGAGACCUUAUCCAAGAGGCGUGCAGUCGGUGGGAGUGGCCUCAGCCUCUCCCAGCCCCUGGGCCCGGGCCCCGCCCCCCUUCCGGCGGGGGGGCGGGUCCGGGCGGUGGAGGUGGCCCGCGGCAGGGCGGGGUACGGGUUCACCCUGUCGGGCCAGGGCCCCUGCCUGCUCAGCUGCAUCCUGAAGGGCAGCCCGGCCGAGUACGUGGGCCUGCGGUCGGGCGACCACAUCCUGGACGUCAACGACAUCAACGUGUCCAAGGCGUCGCACGAGGACGUGGUGAAGCUGAUUGGCCGAUGCACCGGCGUCCUGAGGCUGGUGAUCGCGGAGGGCGAGCGCCACAGGCGGCACCACCACCACCACCACCACCAGCGCGCCGCGGCUAACCGCACCCCGCAGCUGCCCGCCGCGUACCUGGACUCGGGUUCGAGCGACGACGAGUACGACCGUCACCCCGGGGGCGGAGCUAAUAACAAUGGGAAGCCGGGGCCGGGGCCCCACGGCGGCGGCGGCGGCGGCGGCGGCGGCGGCUGGUACAAGCCCAAGAUGGACCCCAAGCAGCUGGGCAUCAACCGGGCGGAGCGGGUGGUGGCGGAGCUGCAGUCCGGGGGCAUCUUCAACAUGAUCUUCGAGAACUCCAGCCACUCGUCCAGCAGCUCGGACAAGGAGCGAGCAGCCGUGACCUCGCCGCCGACCGCCGCCGCCGCCGCCGCCGCCGCCGCGUCCAAGCCCCGCCGGCCCUCGGAGCCCGAGUACCCGUCGUACCGGAAGACCUCCCGUUCCCGUAGCAACCCCAACCUGCUGUCGGAAGAGGAGAUGGUGAGGUUCCUGAACGAGGACUCUGUGUUCCUGGACCCGGACUUCCACCACCUGAGUCUCCAGGACCGCGAGCAGCGCGACGUGGAGGUGGAGGAGGAGGAGGAGGAGGAGGAGGAGAGGGGGGCCGACCUGGGGCUGGAGGCCGGCGAGGACAUCCUCAACGUGGGCAUGAUGGUGGGCUACCUGGGCUCCAUCGAGCUGGCCUCCACCGGGGCCAGCCUGGAGAGCGACAGCGUCCAGGCCAUCCGAGGCAGCAUGAGGCGUCUGCGGGCCGAGCAGAAGAUCCACUCGCUGGUCCUGAUGAAGGUGAUGCACGACAGCGUGCGCCUGUGCAACGACCGGGGCCAGGUGCUCGCCACCUACCCCGCCGAGAAGCUGGCGUUCAGCGCCUGCUGUCCCGACGACCGCCGCUUCUUCGGGCUGGUCACCAUGCAGGCCACCGACGACGAGGCGGACCCCCGCUACGGCCACCAGGACGACGGGGGGCUGCGGACCUCCUGCCACGUGUUCAUCGUGGACCCCGACCUCUGCCACCACCAGGCCCACUCGGGGGUGGCCCGGAGGUUCGGCUUCGACUGCACCCCCGACCCGGACACGGGGGGCUGCCUGGAGUUCCCGCCCACCUCCCAGCCCCUGCUGCAGUUCGUGUCGGUGCUGUACCGGGACAUGGGCGAGAGCAUCGAGGGGGUGCGGGCGCGGGCCUUCCACGACCCCGACCACGACGCGCAGCAGAACCACAGCACCAGCAGCAACAGCGACAGCGGCAUCGGCAACUUCCUGGCCGAGGAGAAGAGCAACCGGGUGCUGCUGGUGGACCUGGGGGGCCCCGCCAGCCACCACUGGGACAGCCCGCCGCCACCGCCGCCCCCCCACCAGGCCGCCUGGAGCUCCGGCCAGGCCCACCCCCUACCCCCGCCCCCACCUCCGCCGCCGCCCCCGCCCGCCCUGAGGAACGGACACUACCGGCACCACGAGCCGCAGCACUUGGCCGACCUCCACCACCCUCUCCCCCGCGCGGCAACACACCCACACCACUAUCCCACAGCCAAGAGGGGCGGGGACAAGAGAGGGGGCGGGGCCGGGGGCGGGGCCGGGGGAGGGCUGGAGCAGCAGCAGCAGCGCUGGCUGCCAGUUCACGUGCUGCGGGACUGGAGGCAGCAGCACCUGCAGGCGGGCGCCGGCAGCGAUCAGGAGUCCUACGCCGAGUCCACGGACGGCUGGUCCUCGGCCAACUGCAGCACGCUGCCCCCCCCCAUGAGCAAGAUCCCCGCCGACCGCUACCGGGCCCCGCUGGCCCCCGGGGACCACCUGCCGCCGCCGCCGCCGCCGCCGCCGCCGCCGCCGCUGGCCCCCGCCGCCGGGAGCCAGCGGACCCCCCCCCAGGCCCCCAGCGCCCGCGCGGCCGCGCACAAGGAUGAGUGGGCCAGGAGGCUGUUUGGGGCCGGGGAGAGGGACCGGGAGAGAGACAAGGGGAGAGACAGGGAGAGGGAGAGGGAGAGGGACCGGGCCGGGGGAGGCAGGGAGAGGAAACGCGGGAGCGCCAAGACAGAGGAGAAAAAGGCGGGCCGGUUCCGGGGGCUGACCCGGGGGUUCCCCCCCCUCCCCCAGCGCUCUGGCGCCCGCCGCUCCUUCGGCCGCUCCAAGAGGCUCAGCCUGGCGCGCUCCCUGGACGACCUGGAGUCCGCCGCAGUCUCGGAUGGAGAGCUGAACAGCGUGGAGCUGCAGGGCUGCAGCAGUGACAACAGUCUGAACAGCAACGCCAGCCUGCCGUCGGUGCAGAGCCACCGCCGCCACAGCGAGCGCCGCGUGGCCAGCUGGGCCGCCUGCUUCGAGAGGCUGCUGCUGGACCCCGUGGGGGUCCGCUACUUCUCGGAGUUCCUGAAGAAGGAGUUCAGCGAGGAGAACAUCCUGUUCUGGCAGGCCUGCGAGUUCUUCAGCCACGUCCCCGAGAAUGACAAGAAGCAGCUGUCGCAGCGCGCCCGGGAGAUCUACAACAGCUUCCUGUCCAGCAAGGCCACGACGCCGGUCAACAUCGACAGCCAGGCCCAGCUGGCGGACGACAUCCUCAACGCACCGCGCCCAGACAUGUUCAAGGAGCAGCAGCUGCAGAUCUUCAACCUGAUGAAGUUCGACAGCUACACGCGUUUCCUCAAGUCCCUGGUCUACCAGGAGUGCAUGCUGGCUGAGGUGGAAGGCCGGCCCCUACCGGACCCCUGUCACAUCCCCAGCAGCCCCACCUCCAAGAACAGCACCACUGGCUCGGACCGCUCCAACCUCUCCACGCCCAAGAAGGACGACAAGAAGAGCAAGUCGGGGCGCUCGCUGAACGAGGAGUGCCGCGAUGACGCCGGCGACCGCAAGAAGGGCAUGUUCUUCUCCUGGUCCCGGAACCGCAGCUUCGGGAAGGGCCCCAAGAAACGGGACCUGGCUGACCUCAACUACAGUCAGUAGAGCCCCUGUUCCUAACCUUAAACUCCCUCCUUCUCCUCAACUACAGUCAGUAGAGCCCCUGUUCCUAACCUUAAACUCCCUCCUU